AGUAAUUAAAUAAAGUAUAUGAUUGUAAUUUCUCUUUAAAUUUAUCAACAGUUUUGAUUAAUGUUUUCCCUUGGUUAAGUUUUUACAAGUAGCUUAGAUUUUGCAGGUUUUUAAAUAUCAAACGGCGACAAGUUGGCCAGAAUCUUAUCAUUCCCCCUAAAUAAAUAGCUAUAUCACAUGCAUGGUUCUCCUCAUCAUUAUCUCUUAAUUCUUCCUUAAUCAAAUCAUCUCAUAAUUCAUUAUUAUCUGAUUAGUUAUUAAUUAGUAACUAAACCAAUGUCGUUCACUUUAUUUUCCUUCCUCUUCAUUCUCGUGUCAUCUGCUUCAGCUCAAUGUGAUCGUUGCUUGCACAAAUCAAAGGCCACUUACACCUCUCAAAUAUACUCGGGAGGAUGUGGAUAUGGGCCUUUGGCCUGGAACUUUGAUGGAGGACUACUUGGUUCUGGCCUUCCUUCACUUUUCCAAAAAGGUGCUGGUUGUGGUGCUUGUUUCAAGGUAAGGUGCAAGAAUAGUGCACUCUGCAGAGAAGAAGGGACUCCGAUAAUAUUAACUGAUAGUCAAGGUGAUAAUAGGACAGAUUUUGUUCUCAAUAAAGAUGCUUUUUCUGCCAUGGCAAACUACGGCAUGUCAGAAAACCUCUUGAACCUCGGCAUUGUCGACAUUGAGUAUAAGAGGGUACCUUGUGCUUACUACCGCAAAAACCUAUCCGUUCGAGUGGAGAGCUAUAGCCAAAGGCCCAAUUAUCUUGCGAUCACAAUCUUAUACCAAGGUGGUCAAACACGGAUUCAAGCAGUUGAUAUAGCCACGGUGGGUGCACGUGUUUGGACUACCUUGAGGCAUAGUUAUGGGGCAGUAUGGCAAACAAAUCACGUACCAGCAGGCCCAUUAAGAUUUGGGUUUCUAGUCACUUCUGGAGAUGAUGAUUUCAACUAUUAUAGAACUCAAGUAAUAUUACCUUCUGAUUGGACACCUGGAGUGAUUUAUGAUACUGGAGUUCAGAUUACUGAUAUUGCUCAACAGAAUUGUUAUCCUCUUCCUUGUGAUAAUAGCACUUGGUAAAUUUGCAUCUUUUGAUAGGAAAUAAGAUUUGGGAUUCAACAUAGUCAUAUAAAUUAAUAAAUAACAAGGGUUAUGGCCCCUGGGAAGUGAAAUAGAAAUUAAAUAUGGUUUUAUAUGUGUGUUUUCUUUAUUUUUACCUUGUUUUAGUGUGAAUUGUAAGGUUUUAAGAUGGAUUGAUGGUUAAGAUGUUUCAUAUUAUGUAGCUAAGAAAACUUCAUAAUAUAAUUGUGAUUUAUUACUAUGAUGAUUAAUACGAGCUUUAUCGAAAUAUGGCCGACCUCACUCGUUCGUGACUAUAUAUAGACGAGGCUGUGUAGCUAGUAUGGUUACUCACUUACUCCCCAACACCAACUCAUGCUUCCUUUG